GUUCCUGCGGACCCACUGCCGCAGACCAGGCUUUUUCUCGAUUUCCAAAUCUUCGACAGCCAACACAUGUUCGCCCUGCGCCUUGUCCCAUCUGCCCCCCAGCUGCCAGCUUGUAUGUUUAUCUUGCCCCAACGAUGAUGACGACGAUGAUGAUGACGAGCAGGAGAACGACUAUGGUUGCUGCUACUGCUGGCCUGGUCUAGGGCUUCGGCUUCAACUUGCUGCUACUGUGCGCAAAACUGUCAAAAGGCGAGGGAACUGCAACUGAAAAACUGAUGCUGGUCUCCGACUAAACUCCAUGUGGGCUUGAUUUAAUGCUACGUUUUCUGACUGCCUGAUGUGGAUGAUGCUGAUGGCCAUAGGGAGGGGGGCAGGCGGACUCCAGGAGUCCAGGAGAGGCGCUGAGUUAUGACUUGAACUCUGCUACUUUGCUCUUGAGCAGAUGAUCAGAGGCCUUGGCCGAACAGUAGCUGCCCGACUCUGAACCAUGACUACAGCUAGUGUUUUUAGGUCAAUAUUCGGAGGCUGUUUCCAGGCCAUAACCGUAGCAAUUACAUAAGGCUAAGGCCUAUCAGAAUCUGCCAGUAUGUUGUGCUAUCAGCUGUGGAGCAGUCUAGUUAUCGGGCAAACACUUGAGGCCCACUCGUAGCCCACCUGGGGGGCCGAGUUACUGCCGCAAAUCAUUCAGAGCUUCCCAUGAAUCCACCGAAACUUCACCUGUUUUGCCUGCUCGUCCUGGCCGUGUGCCUGACGAGAGCCCUGGGAGCUCAUCCCAGUCCUGAGGAGGCCCAAGAGGAUAUGGCCCGGUUCAUGAGGGUCAUUCGUCCCUCCAGUCGAUUCAACGACGUGCUGGGUAACUCGAAGGCCCUGAUCAACUACCAGGGCUAUGGGUUCAGCGGCAUCCGGGGCAUCUUCCAGUGGAUGGCUGGCGAGGACAAACGCAACGACGGUAUCUACAAAUUCCUGCAAUUCUUCUCCGACCAGGCCGGCGGCUACAUCGGACUGCAGAACUACGACAAGAGCUCCAAGUACACGGUACUCUUCUCCGUCUGGGAUGCCACUGGCGCCGAGCCGGGGCAGAACUUCGACUGUUCCACCUUCGGGGGGGAGGGCGUCGGCUACAAGUGCUUCGACUACGACUUCGAUCUCAUCAGCAACGUCAUAUACUAUCUGGACGUGGAAAUCGAUGGCCCUAGCAUUCGAGGCUACAUCUCCGAGCCCCAGGAAGACCUUGGCGGGGCGACAAACCCUCAAGUGCCGCGCCAGCUGAUCGGAAAAAUCACUUGGCCCGGCGAGCAGUCGAACCUGAUACCCUUUGCCUACUACAACGAGAACUACCGGGACAAGAAGUCCUGCAAGAGAGCCUUCGAGCUGGUCACAGUCAACCAGGCUCCCAGGCAGUACACCGCCAGAGGACAGGCCGCAACGUCGUUCAGCGAGGCCUAUCUGUACAGUUCCCAGUGCCAAGUGGAGAACAUACUGGUGGCUCUGACAGCGGACAAACAGAGCACGAUCUACUUCACCCGGCCAACGAUCAGAUAAGAUAAGAUAUGUACGAUUUUGAUAAAAGCAUUGAGAUAUUUAACUGAAUAAUAGUUUAGAACUGGAGGAUCACUGAUCAC